AUGCAAAUUAAAAAAAAUAUAUAUAACUUAUCAAUAAAUGCUUAUAUAUUUUAUAUAUUAUUAAAUUUAAAUUAUCUUUUCUGUUUUGGACAAUCAGUAGUUAUUAACAAAAAUGAAGCAAACAUAAUAAAUUCUCAAAAUUUUUUUUUUGUAAAAUCCCUAAUUAAAAAAAAUAUGUUUAGAAAUCGGGGUUUCCCCAAACUUGUGAAUGCUUCAAAGUUUUCAUUGUAUACACAAAAAAGACACAAAGAGGCAUUAGCAAUAAAAAAAUACAGAAUGACUGGAACAUCAUCAGCAAAAUGCCAUCAUGGAAUAAAAGGAAAAAAGAGAAUAAGCAAAGUAACUUUAAUGCCAUAUAAAGAUAUUAAAUUACCCGCUCGAAGGUGCCCCAUACUAGGAAAAAUGGACAAUAGAAACGCUCGAAAAAUAUCCAAAUCCGGAAUAAAAACUCAUAGAAUACAAAAAGUAAAUUUUGUAAGGAAAAGAAUUUAUUUUGAGGAAGAAAACCGUUUCGUUAAAUUAAGAGUUAGCGCACGUGGAUUGAAAACUAUAAAAAAAUAUGGAUUAGCAUAUUGUGCUAAAAAAUUUAAUUUAAAUUUAAAUAAAAAGAAAUAUGAUGCUGGUUAUUCUUCGCGAAAAAAAAAAAAAAAAAAAAAUGAACCCGAAACUAUUGCUUCCCCAAAUGAUAUGCUAAAGGAACCCCAACUCGAAAACUCUAAAGAUGAAAAUAUUAUAAUAGAAAAAUUAAAAUUGAAUAAUCAAAAUAAAUAA